UCCGGUGGCCACACCUCCGCCCCUGGGUGUCUCCAUUUUGGUCGCGCAGGUUGACAUUAGACCACAACCUGCGGAGUAGCGAAGAGUCAGGAGUAUUGUGAGGGCCCUGUCGGCUCACCGCACUUUCUUCCUCCUUUUCUCCGCCCGCAGAAGCCAGGGUCGCCCAUGGCUGGCUUGGAGGUACUGUUCGCGUCGGCUGCGCCGGCCAUCACCUGCGCGCAGGACGCGCUUGUCUGCUUCCUGCACUGGGAGGUGGUCACGCACGGCUACUACGGCUUGGGUGCCGGCGACCAGCCGGGUCCCAGUGAUAAGAAAUCAGAACUGCUGCCAGUGGAAUGGAACAGUAAUAAAGACCUGUAUGUCCUCCGGUAUGAGUCCAAGGAUGGGUCCAGAAAGCUCCUCGUGAAGGCUGUCACCGUGGAGAACAGCAUGAUCAUCAAUGUGCUGGAACAUGGCUCACAGCAAGUGUCAGAUUUGACCCUGAACUUGAAUGAUUAUAUCGAUUCAGAACAUCUGGUUGACUUCCACAGGGUCUACAAGAACAGCGAGGAACUUCGGUCUCGUAUUGUGUCUGGGAUUAUUACACCUAUUCAUGAGCAGUGGGAAAAAGCCAAUCUAAGUCCCCACCGGGAGUUUCCCCCUGCCACUGCCAGAGAGGUGGACCCACUCCGGAUUCAACCACAACACCCACAUACCAGCCGACAGCCUACCUGGUGUGAUCCCCUGGGCCCGUUUGCUGUCGGGGGAGAGGACCUAGACCCCUUUGGGUGUCGGAGAGGUGGCAUGAUUGUGGAUCCCCUGAGAUCUGGCUUCCCAAGAGCACUUAUUGACCCGUCAUCAGGACUCCCAAACCGGCUUCCUCCAGGCGCUGUGCCCCCAGGAGCACGCUUUGACCCCUUUGGACCCAUUGGGACCAGCCCAUCUGGACCUAACCCAGACCACCUGCCCCCACCGGGCUACGAUGACAUGUACCUGUGAAGGCCUCAAGAAUGUAACGUCCCAGCCUUCCCUCCACUGUCCUGGAGCUGCCAUCGCGGGCCCCAUCAGCACCCAUUUUCUUGCGGGCUGGGGACAAAGGACUCUGUCCAUGUGUUUGCAGGCCGGCUGGGAUUGCCUCCCCACCCCCUACCAGAGCCAGGGCACCUGCUGCAGUUCUCCACCCGGCUGCAUAUAGGUCCCAAAGAGAAAUCAGUGUGUGUCUCACCACCAGCUCCUCUCCGCUUCCCAGGGGAGACUCCGGCAACAUAUGCCCUUGACCCGAUGCAGUUCCAGCUGCAUCACUAUAAGAACAGAACCCAUUUUGGAUGUUAUUAUUAAGAACCAAAUGUCAAUACAGAAAUCAUGUUGCCGGUCUCCCACUCUUCUUUACUGCACAACUCCUUCCAUGUAUGAGACUUGAGAGUUUGGAUCUUUGAGGGGCUAAAGGAUUCUCUUAGGCAUCUUCUUUUCGUGACUUGCUCUCGCUCCUGAUACCACUGAGAUGGUCUGGCUGCAUGGAUGAAAAUGAGUGGCUGGAACCCCCAUAGGCCGCAGGGAUGACCUCCACAAGGCCAGGCGCACUGCAGAACGACUGCAUCUCUGGAAAGGGCAAGACGUUCCAGCUCUGCUUGUCUGAGCCUGUCCUCUGGGUCUGUCGUGCCUGGGCAGUGGCCGCCUACGAACAGAGGAAUAAACAGGGCAGACCUAAAGGCUAAUCUCUUUUUUACCGCUAACUUAACUGAGUGACCUAUGCAAGUCCCUUCCCCUCCCAGGGCCAUUGUGCCCACCUGCAAAAUCCGAGGUGCCUUUCUUGCUAUAAGACAUCCUGGUGUCGGCUUCUAUGCACGAUGAUCCCUAGUAACUGGGGCAAAAGGUAAAGAGUGAAGGGUAAAGGCUUUGUGUAGUGCUUACCUACAGAGUCUCCAACUCUGUGCCUCUCGCCCACCGUGAGGCCCCGACAUGAGCAUAGCAGCGCAGUGCUGGACUUAGGGACAAGCAGGGAGCCUGGCCUCUGGAAGCCAGUGUGUGAGAAGGGUGAAUGGAGGAGUUGGUGAUACAGGAAACAACCCAGGAAGGCAUUCCACCCCCGGGGAGCCCCAGCCUCUGGAAGCCUGUACCCUGUGUCCAGGCCCACCUGACCUUUGGUGUUCUCCGGAUCCUUUUCAGCCCGAGGCCUGACAGACGUGGUCAGUGAUGAACCCAUGUGCUGGAUUGGAAAGAGCACCCUAGAGCACCAGACUCAGAGGCAAGAGAUGAAGGCACUAGUCAUUUUCACUCCACCGCUACCAUUUCAGCCAUGGGUGGUGCCUUUCAUUUUUCAGCUCCUUGGAUUCCUUUCUCUAAAUUAGGAGAUAGUAUUUAUUUGUGGGCAGAGGAGGGACAGGGGAGCCUGGUGGGCUGCCGUCUAUGGGGUCACACAGAUUCAGACAUGACUGAAGCGACGUAGCAGCAGCAGCAACAGCAGCAGCAGCAGCAGAGAGCUACCAGAGCCUUCCUAAGGCAUCUGCUAACGUGCUAUAUAGCCUGGAAGUGCCUGUCUGCUGUGCCCAAGAGUGGGUUACAAGUAAACUAGACAGGCAUAUAUGCGCAGGGUCAAUCCAAGAUGCCACCUGGGUGGAGCUGGGGAGGCUAGGGCUUCCUGGGCAUUUCUGGCAGGCUGCGUUUCAAGCACUGAUUUAGUAAAAGACCACUGUAAAGCUUUUAGAACAGCUCUGCUCUGGAAAAAGACCCAGAGGUCAGGCAGAGCUGCCAAUGCAGUCAUCAAUGAACAUCUUCCCCAAGAGCCAGCAAAUGGGUGAGAUGUUUUUGUUUGGAAGCUGGAUCAUACCUUCUACCAAAAGAACUUGAGGCAGAUUGCUCAUAAAAGCAUCCUUUAUUAUAAAAAGAAGCAUUUAAAGGAACAUCAGACAAGCAGGGGAAGUGGAUAACUUUUAGGACCCUGAUUCAGGGAAAGGACAAGAUUAAAACAAUAAAUUCACCACUUAGAUUUUCUAAUAGUGAAAGUGGAAAGGACAGUCAAGCAUAAUACUGUUUUCUGAAAACAGAAACUUCAGUGAUUCAUCUGCAGAAUCAGUCAUUUUUUGAGUGGGACGCCUUGCAUCAAGGACACUGAGGAAUGCAGACUGUGCCUUAGUUAUGUGUGGGGAGGUGAAUGGGACCUUUAGGAACUCCCGAGUCAGCCUGUCAGUACAUGUUGUGUAUCUAGGCCACUUCCCUCCUUCCAGCCAUGAGUAAUCACCAAGCAGCCAGAGGGAUUGAUUCAGGUGUAUGUUUUGUGGAACCUAGAAAUACCAGCGCUUAAUAACCUGUUCCUCCUUUUUAAAAAUAACAGCUUUAUUGAGAUACAGUUCACAUAUGCAUAAAGUCCAUGUAUUUUAAAGUGUACAAUUCAGUGUUUUUAGUACAUUCACAGUGUUGUGCAUCCAUCACCAUAUCUGAGUUCUGCACAUUUCAUCAUCCAAAAAAGAAACCUCAUACCCAUGAACAGUCACUCUCCAUUCCCUUCUCCCAGCCCCAAGUAACCACUCGUCUCUUUCUGUCUCUAAAGAUAGGCCUAUUGUGGACAGUCCUUACACAUAGAAUCACACAAUAUGUGGUCUUUCACGUUUGGUUUCUUUCCGUUAAUGUUUGCAGGGUCCAUCCGUGCUGUAGCGCGUAUCAGUAAUUCAUUUUUUUAAUGGCUGAAUAAUAUUCCACAUUUCCCUUAUCCAUUUAUCAGUUGAUGGACAGGUUGUUCCAACUUCAUGGCUAUUAUGAAUAAGGCUGCUAUGAACAUUUAUGUACAAGUUUUUGUUUGGUCAUAUGUUUUCCGUUCUCUUGAAGUGGAAUUAUGGGAUCAUACGGUAACUCUAUGUUUAAUUUUUGAGGAACUGCCAGACUGUUUCCCAAAGUGACUGUGCCAUUGACAUUCCCAUUAGCAGAGUGUAAGGGGCCUGGCUCCUCCCAUCUCCUCGCCAGUACUUGUUAGUCUUCUUGUGUGUAGGCAUCCUAGUGGGUGUGAAAUGGUAUCUCAUUGUGGUGGUGUCCUCUAUUUUAAAAAAAAAACAAGGAAUUCUGACCUAAGUCAAACAAGACAGAGGCCGCAGACUCUGGCUUUGGUGAUAGCCACCUGGGGGUGACUGACUGGUGAGACGCAGAGGAGUUACAUUUUGACUUUUGGGGAAGUUUCAGGGCUGGAUGUGAUUUAGGAGAAAGGUCCUGUCUGUAGGGAAGUUACCACGACCUUUCCAGGUCUGGUGAGAUUCAUGGUACCACUUUUGCUUGUUUUGAAAUAAUUUGUAUUGACCCAGCGGCUUACAAGUAAAAUAAACAUCUAGUU